GUCUGAUGUCUUUUAUGAACAACCCCCAUCAGGGUAUCUUCCGCCAGAAAGUGCAGGUGUAGGCAGAGCCUCUCUUCCAAGUCCCUCCUACUCUCUCUUACUCCAACAGGCUACUGCUCUUCCAGUGAGCUUGUUGCUUUUUUCAGCCUACUUUAGAUUACAAUUUUUCCACCAUAUUGAUGAUCUUUGGCUACAUCUUUAAAGUGAAUGAUAAUAUAAGUAAAAAAAUGUUGUGCUUCGUCUCCAAGUACCAUCUUACUGUCUUUGUAGCCUUCCUUCUCAUCUUUCUGGGGGGGGUAUAUUUCUACCAAGAAGAUCACAUCCAAUUCAAAAGUUUUUGUCCAGAAAAUAGAGAUUUGCCCAAAGAUUUGCCCAGAGUUUGCCCAGAAAAUGGAGAUAAAAAUGAAGACCAAAACAGUUGGAGGAUCACUGAGCUAAUCAUGGAGAAGGGGCUUAAGUAUACCAAGCCUAGUGUAAUGAACGGACGGAUGGACGUUAACCCUGUCACAAACUGGAAUGCUCCCCUGGUGUGGGAAGGGACGUUUGACCCAGUGGUGAUAGAUUCCAUUUACAAAAGAAUGGAUCCAAGAAUUGCUGUAAUAGUGUUCGCGGUUGGCAAGUACACUCGUUUUUUGAAGGGCUUCCUUGAAUCAGGAGAGAAGCACUUUAUGGUUGACUUCAAACUCACCUAUUACAUCUUUACAGACCAUGUGGAUGAGGUUCCCAAAAUUGACCAAGCUAUGGGCCGGAAGAUCACCAUCCUCCCGGUUCCCAGUGCCACUCGUUGGCAAGACGUGGUGCUGGGUAGGAUGAAGUACGCCACCAUCGCCAUCGACCAACAGAUUCGUAAUCAGUCCGAUUAUAUCUUCAUGAUGGACAUCGACAGCCUCUUCCACGGCCGAGUCGGAGCUGAAUCUCUCAGUCGGAUGUCGGCUGUUCUUCAUCGAGGAUACUACAAGGACGAAACAAGGGAAAAGUUCCCAUAUGAGCGCCGGCCUCAGUCUCAGGCUUACAUCCCGAAGGAUGAGGGAGACUACUAUUACUCUGCGGCCGUCUGGGGCGGAUACCUGGAGGACAUGUAUAAACUGGUCAGGUACUGUUAUGAGCAGUCGGAGAUCGAUUCCAAGAACAAUAUUGAAGCUGUCUGGCAAGAAGAAAGCCAUCUCAACAAGUACCUCCUCCACCACAAGCCCACCAAGGUGUUGUCUCCAGAGUAUCUGUGGUCAGACUAUGAUAAAAAACCUGAAGACAUCAAGGUGGUCAGGAUUUCUCAGCUGGUGAAGAAUUACGCCGAGGUCAGGCCAAAUGGUGGACACUAAUUGAAGAAGAAUGACUUAUUGGAAGCCACUUCUUGACAGCAACGUUUUUUUAUUUAAUUUUAGAGCGGGAUCAUGGGAAGGUACAGGCAGUUAUUUACCAAGCAUGUAUUCAUUGAGACAAUGGGUGUAAACUAAAAAAAAAACGUUUUUUGUCUAUUAUCAUACAAACAAGGUUUUUUUCAUUUGUAGAUUAUUGUAUAUUAUAAUUCAAUGAUACUGAUAUAAGUUAAUAAAUUACAUCCAGCCUUUUCUGUCAGCCAAAGUCAUCACUGCUAAAAGUCAUCAUUGCUAAAACAACAGAAUUGUCUACUUCAUAUUAUAUAUAUAUAUAUAUAUAUGUAUAAAUGAUUAUUUUUUUCAUUAAAGGGUAUUUACAUGGUUUUCA